AACAUAUUUUACUGCCGCUUUAAAUGAACUCAGGCAUGUUUUAAUCCUUGCUUCGCUGUUGAAGAAGAUAGCGGGCCAUAAUUACGUCACGCCGCCUUUGCCUUUUUCUUCGUUCGGCGCAAAGUUGAAAUUAGAAAAGGCAUUCUGAGACGGUGCGCGAAACACGAAAGAAAAAAAACGACAUACGCUUACAAUCUUUAAAGAACUGUUAGCGAAUAGCAUUCACGUGCCGUAAGGAGUCAUGUUCUACAUUGAUUCCCAUUGAAGCAGCGCGAUUUUUUUCAGACGAUCUUGUCAAAACGCUGCCUGGCACGUUGGCCAGCACAGCGACAGACGCGCAACGAGAGGAAGCAGAUCAUUGAGGAUACAUUCUUGAUUUUUUUCGGCGUUACGGUCUAUUUUUCAUCAAUAUAAGUAUUCCAGUGUGGCUCGUUUUGUAUUCUCUAUAGAUCUGGUAUUCUAAAUAAUGAAAUGACGAGGAUAUGUUAUAUAAGGCGAAUAGCGGAGAUGAGACCAUACAGAAUUUAACGUCAGAAAGAAACGCAUACUUGCCUACUGUUCUUUAUGGCACUUCUUCUCACUUUAUAAUUUGAAUAGGGGCGGAAGCUAUACUAAUACUAGACUAAUGUUGUUAUACGAUAGUAAUUUUUGAGAUAUCAAAUUUUUUAUUAAAACCUGCGUGGUUGAUAGCUGGACGUGUAAAUGCUGAUCGACCCUGUAUUUUGUACAUUUGAUUUAGCUAGGCGGCUAAUCAUCUUGCUAGCACUGAUGAUGAGGUAGCUUAGCUAUCCAUCGGCUUUGUGAAGGGGAAUUAACCAAAUCUAAAUCAAUUUUCAUGGACCAGAUUAAUUGCAAUACCGCAUUUGUUAUUGGCCAUUAGAUCAAUACGUUUUGCAGUUCAGCAGAAAUAUUUGGUUUGAUUUUUGAAGGCCUUACUCUCAGUCAUAAGGCUGUCUUGUACAGUAUGCGACAUGGGCCCGUGUCUUAAAUUAGAAAACAAAGAAUUAGGCUACUUGAGAGGUUAAGCCGCUUACAGUUUUUCUAGAGUUUUUAGGCUAGCCAGCUUGCUCUGUAGCUUCGCGUAAAGAGAAUCCGCGGUCUCUGUCCUAAUUGGGAUAAGUUUUCCAGCCGUUCUCCCCCACAAUGGAUAGUCGUACCGGGGAUGACAGCAUGAGCUACGCUGCCGUAAAAGUGGAGCCCAUGCCUGGCUAUGUGGACUUCAUCACGAAAGCUUCUACCGUUAUGUACGGUGCGUUUAGAGACUGUAACACGUGCGGACUGGAGCUCUCUAAAAAUACACUCUUGGAUAACGCAUAUAUUACGUGGACCGAAAUUGGCCUGUUCUUCUUAUGCGCCGUUAUGUGGACGCAGAUUCGACGGGGACUGACAGAAUGUCUGUUCAAGCCUUUCGGAGAGCGGUGCAGCCUGCAGCCCAGAGAUACAGCCAAGAUGCCAGAGAGUGCAUGGAAGCUGGUCUUCUACUCCAUGUCCUGGUCCUACAGCACCUACCUGCUGUUCUUCUCAGACUACACCUUCUUCCACAACCCCCCCUCUGUCUUCUACGACUGGAAGAGUGGCAUGACAGUGCCGGUGGACAUUGCCAUCGCCUACCUGAUCCAGGGCAGCUUCUACGGUCACUCCAUCUACGCCACCGUCUACAUGGAUGCCUGGAGGAAAGACUCCACCGUCAUGGUGGUCCACCACGUCAUCACACUGGCCCUCAUCACCUUCUCCUACGCCUUCAGAUACCACAACGUGGGCGUGCUGGUCCUGUUCCUCCAUGACAUCAACGACAUCCAGCUGGAGUUCACCAAGCUGAACGUGUACUUCAAAACGCGGGGAGGAGGGUACUACCUGGUGCACGACAUCCUGUCCAAUAUGGGCUCUGUCAGCUUCAGCAUCACCUGGUUCUGGUUCCGGCUCUACUGGUUCCCCCUCAAGGUUCUCUACGCCACAUGCGUCCACAGCCUGCAGUCUGUGCCCAACAUUCCCUUCUACUUCUUCUUCAACUGCCUCCUCCUCUCUCUGCUGCUGAUGAACGUGUACUGGUUCCUGUACAUCGUGCUGUUCGUGGUGAAGGUGCUGACAGGCCAGAUGACGGAGGUGAACGACGUGAGGGAGUACGAGGACGAGGAGAGCGCUCAGCGAGCGGCCGCCAUCGCGGCUAGGGCCUCUGCCAUGCUCAACGGGGCGGCCGAGGAUGACGAUGCAGGACAUCGCAUCUCCGCCCAGGGGAAACACGUGCAGAAUGGGGUCACCAAGGACAAGCAUCUAUAACGACCUCCCUGCUGCCCCCUACUGGCCUCUCACCAUGCACGCAGCAACUCCGGUUCCACUAGCUUGUUCCACACACGGUUCCAGGUGACAAGGGGGCCGUACCAGGGCCGCGAACAAGCUAACACAAGCCCAAACCAUGGUGACGCGUUUGUCACCUUGUGUUCAUUCUCAUCCUCAGUCGUUUCAUGUAGUUUUUUUUGUUUUUUUAACGUUUUUAUUUGGUUCGAGUUCAGCACUGUGAAUGUUAUUUUUAAGUGACCUAGGUCUAGUAUAAACAUUAACGUUUCACAGGAAACCAGUUUGUUCGCGCCAACGUCCUAGGGGAGGCUUGGAAGACGUGUCAACACCGUAACAGCCCUCUCAUGGACGGACACACAGACAGACACAGACAGACAGACAGACAGACAGACAGACAGACAGACAGACAGACACAGACAGACAGACAGACAGACAGACAGACAGACAGACA